AUGAUUAUUGAUUAUUUUGCAUGGCGAAAAGAUCUAGCAUCAAAAGAAUGUAACAUUUGUAAUAAUUGUCUUCAGCGUGUAUCUGAUAAACCAGUUUGGUCUCAAGCAAAGGAUAUUAAAAAUAAGUUUGGAGAACUGCCAGUUUAUCUAGAAAAAUUUUCAAGAAAGCUCAAAACUAAAGAGUAUGUAUUUUUGUUAUUAGAUGAUUUGAUUUUGUGUGAUCUUGUAAAAGAGAAUAUAAUUUUGACAAGAUUACCAAUGGCACAAACAUUUACUUGUAGUGUAUUUAUUAUUAGCAUUGCAGAUGGAGCCAUUGCUAAAACUAAUACAGAAGAUUGGUGA